AUGGAUGCUUAUGCUCUAAGUAGCACCUUAAAUUUCCUCUUCCGCUCUCGGUGCAAAAGUUUUCCGUGUUCGACUUAUUGUGAACAGCAGGGUGAGCCUGUGGGCUGUGGCUUUAUUGAGUUUGCUUCUGCUAACGAAGCAAAGAAGGCAUUGGAAAAGAGGAAUGGUGGAUGCAAUUGGAAGAUUUUUCUCGACGUGGUUAAGACAUCUCCAUUCCCUCUCCGACCCAAGUACAACCUUGUAGAGAAGCUUUGGUACGAAGACUACCUUCGACGAUUUGGAGAAGAUUAUUUGGACACCAAACCGAAGCCGAAGAAACCUAAGAUUGACAAAUUUUGCGCCUGCGAUUUCGGGUACGAUCUGAUCGGUUCGGUUUCUGCAGUUUAA